GCUGUGGGGCCGUGUGGGCCUCCCUUCCUCCGUCUGAUACCGCCUGGUCGCUGUGGGGUGUCGGCGAGGGCACGGCUUGUGGUGGGGGUUGUCGGUUCCUGGCCUCAAAACCGCGCCAGGACGGCAGAGGAGGAGAGGGGAUGUAAAGCCUACAGGAAAAAUCCCGGCUCCAGAUGGGCUUCCCUAAAGUCGUCCUCCAAGGGGAGGGGACAGCACGGCCUAAUUUUAGACAGAGUGCCCUAGUAUUACUGUGGAUGUACAGGUUAGUCGGGAGGGAGAAUAAAAGCUGGAGUCGAAGCAUUCUAGUCGAGGAGGAGAGUUUGCGCUGGCAUGUUCACCUGGGAGUAACAGAUGGGUGAUACCUGGUUCGCUCAUAACUGGUGCUCUGAGAAAUAGAGAAUUGGACAAAAUUGCCAUCCUGUGGAGCUUACAGUCAGAAAAAUCCUCUACACACAAAGCAGGCUGAGAGAAUAGCAGCUGAUCUGCAGCGGGAGCCCCAGGAGUGCAGGUCUCAACCAGAUGAGCCAGGUACUCUUCAAUCUCGGAAGCCUCUCAUCAUCUCACAAUGAUACUGUUGUAUUAAAAAUGCACGGUAAGAAACAGACUCCAGAAAAAUACUAUGUUGGAAUUGACGUUGGCUCAGCAAGUGUUCGCGCAGCAUUGGUCGAUGGGCUUGGGACAGUGGUGGCACAUGCAGAGCAGCCAAUCCAAAUUUGGGAGCCCCAACCAGACCACUAUGAGCAAUCCUCUGCGGACAUAUGGGCUGCUUGCUGCUCAGUCACAAAGAAAGUUGUCUCUGGAGUAGAUGCUAGCCACAUUCGAGGGGUUGGGUUUGAUGCUACAUGUUCCCUUGUUGUUGUGGAUAAACAAUUCCAACCUUUGGCAGUCAACUGUGAAGGUCAAAACCAUAGGAAUGUCAUAAUGUGGAUGGACCAUCGUGCAGUCAGUCAAGUUGAGCGCAUCAAUGCAACGCAACACAGGGUUUUGAGCUAUGUAGGGGGAGUGAUGUCUGUGGAAAUGCAGCCACCUAAAUUGCUGUGGAUGAAGGAGAACCUGCAAGAAUCAUGCUGGGAGAAGGCAGGCCACUUCUUUGAUCUUCCGGAUUUCUUAUCUUGGAAAGCCACAGGUGUCACUGCAAGGUCCCUCUGUACAGUGGUGUGCAAGUGGACGUAUACCUCAGAUAAAGGUUGGGAUGACAGUUUCUGGAAAAUGAUUGGUUUGGAAGAUUUGGUAGAGGAUAAGUAUGAAAAAAUAGGAAACCACGUCUUGUCUCCUGGAGAGUCUGUUGGAAAAGGUCUAACGCCAGAAGCUGCAAAAGAUCUCGGUCUCCCUGAAGGGAUUGCAGUAGGAGCAUCUCUCAUUGAUGCCCAUGCCGGAGGACUAGGAGUAAUUGGAGCAGAUGUGAAAGGACAUAACCUGCCAUGUGAGAACCAGCCAAUUACAUCCCGAGUUGCUAUGAUCUGUGGAACAUCCUCAUGCCACAUGGGGGUCAGUGAAACACCCAUUUUUGUGCCUGGUGUCUGGGGACCUUAUUUCUCUGCAAUGGUACCUGGACUGUGGUUGAAUGAGGGAGGUCAAAGUGCUACAGGCAAGCUGGUAGAUCAUGUGGUCCGAGGCCAUGUCGCCUUCCCGGAAUUACAGGCAAAAGCUGCAGCCAGUGCUCACAGUAUAUAUACAUACUUGAACAGUCACCUGGAUCUGAUUAAGAAAUCUUUGCCUGUGGGUUUCCUCACUGUUGAUUUACAUGUUUGGCCAGAUUUCCAUGGUAACAGAUCUCCCUUAACAGAUCUGACACUAAAGGGCAUGGUUGUUGGGCUAACAUUGUCUCAGGGUCUGGAUGAACUUGCCCUUAUCUACUUGGCCACGAUUCAAGCCAUUGCUUUAGGAACAAGACAUAUUUUGGAAACUAUGCAGGCUGCAGGGCAUCAUAUCAACACACUGUUCCUGUGUGGUGGGCUGAGCAAGAACCCUCUCUUUGUGCAGAUGCAUGCUGACAUUACUGGCAAGCCUGUUGUCCUGUCCAAAGAAGUGGAGUCUGUUUUGGUGGGUGCUGCUAUUCUUGGAGCCUGUGCUUCUGGGGAUUUUGCAUCUAUACAGGAGGCCAUGGCGAAAAUGGGGAAAGUUGGGAGAGUUGUGCAGCCCAACCAUGAGCAUAAAAGAUUUUACGACAAGAAAUACGAAGUAUUUUUGAGACUGGUGGAACAUCAGAGAGAGUAUCGGUCCAUCAUGAACAGCUUCUGAUCUGGAGUCAUGUAACCUGGGAACAGCAGGCAGAGCGAAUCUCCAGCUAUUUGUGAUGAGGGUAAUGUCUUCUCACUGUACCGUCCAUGUAAAAAAUACACUUUUAUCAUUUAAAGUGUACAUUUUAACUUGGAAUGAGAAAUAAAAUGCACUCACUGGCCGUG